AAAACAUGUCUGGCCUCAUUUGCUGGACCAAGUCUACAGGGAGAGUGCCUGCGUGAAGUCCAGGGAAUUGUCCCCAGGUGAGGGGAGCAGGGGAGAGAAAAUGGUAGCCAUUUUUACAUUGUUUUGUAUAGUAUUUAUUGAUUCAGGAAACAAACACAAAAUUCUGAAUAAAAUGACUUGGAAACUGCCUGUUUGGGCUUCUCAUUUGUCCCCUCCCACCUGCCGCUCCUGUGGAUCGGCUAGAACUACAUUUGUUACAAUUGCCCCUACCGGUGCUUAAAAGACACUAGUGACCCGCCGUCUACAGAAAGUGUACUGCCAGUGGAUACCCCUCAGAUUAGUCCAAGUGUCACCUCCUGACAGCCUUGAACUAGCUAAGGAAUGGGGUUAAGGAGUGCGGGAAACCUAGUUUGGUUAACAAUCUUAGUGCUUGAGGUCUAACCCAGAUUGAAUGCUAAUUGGCAAUCCCCUUUGAGGGGGUAGGCAGGGCUGGUCUCAAGCUCUUGCUAUCCUGGAACUACAGACCAGGCUGUCCUGCCUCUACCUCCAGUGCUGGGCUUGAAGGUAGACACAGAUGGUGUUGAAUUUCUCACCAAUGAGGAAGGGGCCUCCUAUUCCUCUGCCUUGUAAACUUGUAAAAGUAGAGCAAGUUUUGCUUAGGGAAGAUCCUUGUGAGUCAACUGCUUCCUCUUUCACGUGGUAACUAACGUCCCUCCCACUCAAAAGACCACACUGCCAAUCACAGCUCAAUUGUGAAAACCAGUGACAAAGUGGCUGGAGCAAAGGUGUCUGAGUCAGGCUCUGGGUGGGAUUAUCUUAUAGGAAGUGCAACUUUCAUUUCCUCUUCCAAGAGAAGGCAGAGGUUAUUGGGUUGAGGAAGGAACUGGUACAGCCCAGCUGGACUCUGAGCUGCUCUACCAUGAGGUUCCAAGUGCCUUGCUUGGUCUUGCUGGGACUGCUUGUAGCCCAAGGAACAGGGAAAGACUGUCCUCGUAGAAAAGCUGCUACUCUCCUGCCAUCCUUCACGAUGACGACCACAGAAAGCACAGCCAGCCCUACGACCAGCCACAGGCCCACCACCACCAGCCACAGGCCCACCACCACCAGCCACGGAAAUGUCACGGUUCAUCCAACAAGUAAGAGUACCACUACCAGCUCCAGGCCCACAACCUCCACUCACAGCCCUGCCGUGACCACCAGUCAUGGGAAUGCCACAGUUUACCCCACCACAGACAACGGCACUGCUCCCACUCCGGGAUCCACCACCGGCCCUCCCCCCGGACCACCUCCACCCUCUCCAAGUCCUCGUCCAGGCUCCGAGGGGGCUCUUGGGAACUACACGUGGAUGAACGGCUCCCAGCCCUGUGUCCGGCUUCAAGCACAAAUUCAAAUUCGAAUCCUGUACCCGACCCAGGGUGGAGGAAAGGCCUGGGGCAUCUCGACACUGAAUCCCAACAAAACCAAGGUCCAGGGCGGCUGUGACAGUGCCGAGUCCCACCUGCCUCUCUCAUUUCCUUACGGGCAGCUCACCUUUGGAUUCAAACAGGACCUGGAGCAGAGCCCGAGUAUAUACCUCAACUACAUGGCAGUGGAAUACAACGUGUCCUUUCCACAGGCAGCACAGUGGACAUUCUCAGCUCAGAAUUCAUCUCUUCGAGAGCUCCAAGCUCCUCUGGGCCAAAGCUUCUGUUGCAGAAAUACAAGCAUAGUUCUUUCUCCAGCUGUUCACCUUGACCUGCUCUCCCUGAGGCUACAGGCUGCUCAGCUGCCCAACACAGGACACUUGGGGCCAUGUUUCUCCUGCGCCAGCGACCAAUCCCUCUUGCUCCCUCUCAUCAUUGGCCUGGUCCUCCUUGGCCUCCUCGCCCUGGUGCUCAUUGCCUUCUGUGUAACCCGGAGACGACAAUCAGCCUACCAGCCUCUCUGAGCAUUUGCUCCAAUCCACUCCGGGCCACCAAGGAGCACCCUCAUUUCUUCAAUGUGCACCUGACUCAACGAAGUUCUUCUCCUUUCCUGUCUUUAAGAACAAAAUUAGAGAUUUUGUAAUGGGGGGUUAAUAAACAGGAACCGUGUCCCAUUCCUGCUCACAAAAGGAGCAUGAAAACUUAAGAAA